AUCUCUCUGAAAAAUGAUUUUAAAAUAAAUAUAUAUUGUUUUGUUGUUAUUGUUCUACUCUAAAGUGAUUUGUUUUAAUAAUAUUUGAUUGCAAAUGUAUGAGUGUAACUGUGCGUGAGUGUAUGAGUGAGUUAGUGUCAUAUGAAGGGAAGAAUCAUGUUGAUUUAAAAAGACGUUGAUCUGUAUCAACUAGAAUCACUCUGGUCGCUGCAACAUUCGCAUAAACAUACCAUCCGGUUGUUCCGUUGUUCAUUCUUUUUUCAAGUGUCAGUACAGUUAAUCUAAACCAACGCCAAAAUGUGUGAUGAUGAACCCUCUGCUCUUGUCGUAGACAAUGGAUCUGGUAUGUGCAAGGCUGGUUUCGCUGGCGAUGAUGCUCCACGUGCCGUCUUCCCCUCCAUUGUUGGCCGUCCACGCCAUCAAGGUGUGAUGGUCGGUAUGGGUCAAAAGGAUUGCUACGUUGGUGAUGAAGCCCAGAGCAAACGUGGUAUUCUUACUUUGAAAUAUCCCAUUGAACACGGUAUCAUCACCAACUGGGAUGAUAUGGAAAAAGUAUGGCAUCAUACCUUCUACAAUGAAUUGCGUGUAGCCCCUGAAGAACAUCCCGUCUUGUUGACUGAAGCUCCUUUGAAUCCCAAAGCCAAUCGUGAGAAGAUGACUCAAAUCAUGUUUGAGACCUUCAACUCACCCGCCAUGUAUGUUGCCAUCCAGGCUGUAUUGUCUCUAUACGCCUCCGGUCGUACCACUGGUAUUGUAUUGGAUUCUGGUGAUGGUGUCUCUCACACUGUACCCAUCUAUGAAGGUUAUGCUUUGCCCCAUGCCAUCCUCCGUUUGGAUUUGGCUGGUCGCGACUUGACUGAUUACUUGAUGAAGAUCUUGACCGAAAGAGGUUAUUCCUUCACCACCACUGCUGAACGUGAAAUUGUACGUGAUAUUAAGGAAAAAUUGUGCUAUGUUGCUUUGGACUUUGAGCAAGAAAUGGCUACUGCUGCUGCCUCCACCUCAUUGGAGAAAUCCUAUGAAUUGCCUGAUGGUCAAGUCAUCACCAUUGGCAACGAACGUUUCCGUUCCCCCGAAGCUCUCUUCCAACCCUCUUUCUUGGGUAUGGAGUCUUGCGGUAUUCAUGAAACUGUCUACCAAUCCAUCAUGAAGUGCGAUGUCGACAUCAGAAAGGACUUGUAUGCCAACAAUGUCUUGUCUGGUGGUACCACCAUGUAUCCUGGUAUUGCUGAUCGUAUGCAAAAGGAAAUCACUGCCUUGGCUCCAUCUACCAUUAAGAUUAAGAUCAUUGCCCCACCUGAAAGAAAAUACUCCGUAUGGAUUGGUGGCUCCAUCUUGGCCUCCUUGUCUACCUUCCAACAGAUGUGGAUCUCCAAACAGGAAUACGAUGAAUCCGGUCCCGGCAUUGUCCACCGCAAAUGCUUCUAAGCAUUUCUUGUUGAUUUUCUUUUUUAUUUAAGCGUAAAAGACAUGAUUAUUUAACAUCUUCAACAACAACAACAUUUGGGUAAUAACAACGUAGCCUCUAACUGAUUACCAACCAGAACUAGAGCUGCUGUUGCGCUUCGAAAAGAAAAACUCACCCACUUCAAAGUAACAGAAACAAAAUUUGUUUUAGAAAUGUCCUUUUUUGUAUAUUUUUUGUUCAUUUUGUUUUGUAAGUAAUAAAAAAAAAUAAUAAAAACAAAUACAUUAAAAAACUA